AAUACCUUUUCUUUCCUCUCCAGUUGUUCCCCACUUUCUGCCCCCAUGGGCACGGAAUGGGAAAAUAUCAGAGAAAAAAUGAUACCAUGACUAACAGGUCUCCAUUCAUGUAUAUUACUGCUCAUCCAAUCACUUACCUGACUCAUUCGUGUCUAUGUCACCAUCUCGGACCGCACACUCUUCUUCAUCACGGUCCCUCUUCUUCUGGAUAUACAUAGGAUCUUUGUUCUGUGUUUUUUUCAUCCUCUCUGGAUUCUGAUCCAUCCCGAGGGUCGCAUGGUACAGGGGCGCUGGCACAAGCCAACAACAAAGAGGGAAUUCUCCGGGAUAAGCUCUUCAAGAAUUACAAUGUUCACGUCCGGCCCACGAGGACCCCCCAGGAAAAGAUUACAGUACAGCUGGGGAUGAGUCUGUCCCAGCUCCUUAGUCUGAAUGAGAAAGAUGAAGAGAUGACCACCAGGGUCUACAUGAACAUGGCCUGGAAUGACAUCCGCCUCAUGUGGGACCCAUCGGAAUAUGGGGGCAUCGAGACUCUGCGGAUUGGCUCCGACAGUGUGUGGAAGCCGGAUAUCGUCCUUAUGAACAACAACGACGGUGAAUUUGAGGUUGGGCUCGCAGUGGAAGUUUUGGUCAACUGGAAAGGCAAUGUCACCUGGCUGCCCCCGGCCCUCUAUCACAGCAGCUGCCCCAUCGAGGUCCAAUACUUCCCAUUUGACUGGCAGAAUUGUAGCAUGGUGUUCCGAUCUCAGACCUACGAGGCAGACGAGGUGGUGCUGGUUCACCCGAGGGACACCCAAGGAAGAGAGGUCACACAAGCGGUCAUCUUUCCCAAUACGUUUGAGGAAAACGGGCAGUGGGAGAUCCGGCACCGAUCUUCCCGUAAGAACACCAACCCCUCAGACCCCCUGUAUGAGGACAUCACCUUCUACCUGGUGAUCCAGAGGAAGCCGCUCUUCUAUAUUGUCAACAUCAUCGUCCCCUGUAUUCUUAUUACCAUCCUGGCCAUCUUCGUCUUCUACCUUCCCCCCGAUGCAGGUGAGAAGAUGACGCUCUCCAUCUUCGCUCUUCUCACACUCACUGUCUUCUUGCUGCUUCUCGCUGACAAAGUCCCAGAGACCUCGCUGAAGGUCCCCAUCAUUGUCAACUACCUGAUGUUUACCAUGGUCCUGGUCACCUUCUCCGUCAUCCUGAGCGUAGUGGUCCUGAAUCUUCACCAUCGCUCCCCCAACACCCAUCACAUGCCCCAGUGGGUGCGCCAGAUUUUUAUCCUUCACCUCCCCCGCUACCUCCGGAUUAGCCGACCAAAACCUGAGCCGCCUCUUCCAGUUGAGCCGCUGACCCACCGGACCCCAGUCUCACGACAUACUGACGAGUACUUCAUCCGCAGGCCGGAGAACGACUUCAUCUUCCCCAAGCCUGAGAGGUACCAGGCGGCAGCCUUCUCACGGGAUAUGAAAUGGUUCUUGGAUGGUCCAAGUUUGGGGCUCACUCUCCCCCCGGAUCUACAGUCCGCCAUCAGCGCCAUCCGAUACCUCGCCCAGCAGCUGCAGGAGCAGGAGGACUAUGAUAAUCUGAAGGAGGAUUGGCAGUAUGUUGCCAUGGUGGUGGACCGUCUCUUUCUCUGGACUUUCAUCGUGUUUACCACUCUGGGGACGCUCACUAUCUUCUUGGAUGCAAGCUUCAAUAGUCCGCCAGAAACCCCUUUCCCCUGACACCCCAUUCCCUGAUAUCCCAUUACCUGAUAUCCCAUCCCCUUAUACCCCAUCCACUGAUACCCCAGUGCCCUGGCAUCCCAUUAUCUGACACCCCAUUCCCUGAUAUCCAAUUCCCUGAUACCUCAGUGCCCUGGCAUCCCAUUACAUUGCACCCUAUUCCCUGAUACACCAGUGCCCUGGCAUCCCAUUAUCUGACACCCCAUUCCCUGAUAUCCCAUUCCCUGAUAUCUCAUCCCCUUAUACCCUAUCCACUGAUACCCCAGUGCCCUGGCAUCCCAUUAUCUGACACCCCAUUCCCUGAUAUCCCAUUCCCUGAUACCUCAGUGCCCUGGCAUCCCAUUACAUUACACCCUAUUCCCUGAUACACCCGUGCUCUGGCAUCCCAUUCCCUGAUACCCCAGUGUGCUGGCAUCCUAGUGCCCUGGCAUCCCUUUACCUUACACCCCAUUCCCUGAUACCCAGUCCCCUGGCAUCCUAUUUCAUUACACCGCAUUCUCUGAUACACCAGUGCCCUGGCAUCCCAUUCCCUGAUACCCCAGUGUCCUGGCAUCCUAGUGCCCUGGCAUCCCUUUACCUUACACCCCAUUCCCUGAUACCCAGUCCCCUGGCAUCCUAUUUCAUUACACCGCAUUCUCUGAUACACCAAUGCCCUGGCAUCCCAUUCCCUGAUACCCCAGUGUCCUGGCAUCCUAGUGCCUUACACCCCAUUCCCUGAUACCCCAGUGCUAUGACAUCUCAUUCCCUGAUAUCCCUGGGUCCUUGCAUCCUAGUGCCCUGGCAUCCCAUUGCCUGACACCCCAUUCCCUGAUACCCUAGUGCCCUGCCAUCCCAUUACCUGCCACCCUAUUCCCUGAUAUCCCAUUCCCUGAUACCCCAUUCCCUGAUAUCCCAUCCCCUGAUACCCCACCCACUGAUACCCCAGUGCCCUGGCAUCCCAUUAUCUGACACCCCAUUCCCUGAUAUCCCAUUCCCUGAUACCCCAGUGCCCUGGCAUCCCAUUACAUUACACCCUAUUCCCUGAUACACCAGUGCCCUGGCAUCCCAUUCCCUGAUACCCCAGUGUGCUGGCAUCCUAGUGCCCUGGCAUCCCAUUACCUUACACCCCAUUCCCUGGUACCCAGUGCCCUGGCAUCCUAUUUCAUUACACUGCAUUCUCUAAAACACCAGUGCCCUGGCAUCCCAUUCCCUGAUACCCCAGUGUCCUGGCAUCUCAUUCCUUGAUACCCCAGUGUCCUGGCAUCCUAGUGCCCUGGCAUCCCUUUACCUUACACCCCAUUCCCUGAUACCCCAGUGCCCUGGCAUCCGAUUACCUGGCACCCUAUUCCCUGAUACCCCAGUGCCCUGGCAUCCCAUUACCUGACAUCCUAUUCCCUGAUACCCAGUGCCCUGGCAUCCCAUUACAUUACACCCCAUCCUCUGAUACACCAGUGCCCUGGCAUCCCAUUCCUUGAUACCCCAGUGUCCUGGCAUCCUAGUGCCCUGGCAUCCCUUUACCUUACACCCCAUUCCCUGAUACCCCAGUGCCCUGGCAUCCCAUUACCUGGCACCCUAUUCCCUGAUACCCCAGUGCCCUGGCAUCCCAUUACCUGACAUCCUAUUCCCUGAUACCCAGUGCCCUGGCAUCCCAUUACAUUACACCCCAUCCUCUGAUACACCAGUGCCCUGGCAUCCCAUUCCUUGAUACCCCAGUGUCCUGGCAUCCUAGUGCCCUGGCAUCCCUUUACCUUACACCCCAUUCCCUGAUACCCCAGUGCCCUGGCAUCCCAUUACCUGGCACCCUAUUCCCUGAUACCCCAGUGCCCUGGCAUCCCUUUACCUUACACCCCAUUCCCUGAUACCUCAGUGCCCUGGCAUCCCAUUACCUGGCACCCUAUUCCCUGAUACCCCAGUGCCCUGGCAUCCCAUUACCUGACACCCCAUACCCUGAUACCUCAGUGCCCUGACCCCCACUUCUCUUAAUACCGGAGAUGCUAACACUAAAUAUUAAUAAUAUUCAAUAACUUUGUACCCCAUUCCAUGACACCCCAUAUCUUGGUACCCCAUUCCUUGACAUCUAAUGUCCUGUCUAUUACUUGUUAUUACUACUGUUGCCAUUAUCCCCAUACCUCCUUUGUUGCUUGUACAGGCUUUUUUCAUUGUUGUCUGAAACAAAAUAUCAAAAUAAAUUAUUGUACGUUAACUGGA